GGCAGUGGGGGCGGGGGCGCGCUCCUCAGACAGCGGUAGGCGUGGCCAUCGGCGCGCCGCUCUGUGUGAUGCGGCUGCGGGAUUGCGCACAGGCUGCGGGAGCGCGCAGCGUGCUCCGUGCUCGGUUGGCUGCUACUAGCUGCGGGCUGCAGUCGGCGUUAGGGUGAGAUCCGGGUUUGUGGUGCGAGUCUUCUCUAGGGAUGCUGAGAAGCAGGAGUCGGUGAGAAGGUGCGGGAUGGCGGCCUGGGGCCCCCCGGAGUUGGGUGUCCGGAUCACCCGGGGGCUGCUUGCAGUCUCCAUCUAUCUCAUCUUAGGGCAGGAACCGGCUGGAGCCGCGAAGACUGCAGGCUCGGGGUUCAGGACGUUCACCCCUUUUUAUUUCCUGACUGAGCCAGCAGACACUGUGACACUUCGUGGAACUCCUGCAAUCCUAAACUGUUCUGUAUAUGCUGAGCCAGCAGCAAAGAUUGAGUGGAAAAAAGAUGGAACUUUUCUAAAUUUGGUGUCUGAUGAUCGGCGCCGGGUACUUCAAGAUGGGUCUUUGUUCAUUACCAGUGUGGUACACUCCAAGCACAACAAGCCAGAUGAGGGCAUCUAUCAGUGUGUGGCUACAGUGGACAGUUUGGGCAGUAUCGUAAGUCGCACUGCACGACUCUCUGUUGCAGGCCUUCCACGAUUCGCCAGCCAGCCAGAGGCCUCCUCAGUAUAUAUUGGAGACAGUGUGGUAUUAAGUUGUGAUGUCAGUCCUGAACUGGUGCCAUUUGUUCACUGGGAGCAGGACCGAUCUCUCCGAGAGCUGGAUGACCGGGUCGUAAUGCUGUCUAAUGGCAGCCUAAUCAUAAGCAAUGCUAAUGAGAGUGAUGCUGGUGUGUACCGAUGUGGAGUGGGCAGUGGGGCAGCCCUGAAGUACAGUGAGGAAGCGGAGAUCAAAAUCCUUCAAGAGACUGGAGAGGAUCGCUCCUUGGUAUUUAUCCGCCAACCUUCCACCCUCACAAGUGUUGUUGGCCAAACCGCACUUCUGGCCUGUGUUAUAUCAGGGUACCCCACCCCUGACGUGCGCUGGAGUUACAAGCAAGAAGAAAUCAUUUUUGGGAGCUCAGACAGAUUGGCAUUGUUGGCAAGAGGCAGCUUGCAGAUCAGCAAUGUGACAGAGGAGGAUGCUGGGAUCUAUACAUGUACAGCAGACAAUGGAAACCAGACUAUUCAUGCACAGGCUGAGAUCCUUAUACAAGUGCCUCCUGUGUUUCAUGUCAAGCCAUCCAACACUCAUGCUCACGAAUCUAUGGACAUUGUGUUUGAGUGUGAGGUGAGUGGAAAACCCACUCCAACUGUAAAAUGGGUGAAGAAUGGUGACAUGGUCAUCCCUAGUGACUACUUCAAAAUAGUGGAGGAUCAUGAUCUUCAAGUUCUUGGUCUGGUGUACUCAGACGAGGGAUUUUAUCAGUGCAUUGCUGAGAAUGAGGUGGGAAAUGUGCAGGCAGCAGCUCAGCUCAUUAUAUUAGAACCUGGUGUUACCGUCCCAACCUCUCCUGACCCCUCACUGACCCGUGCCACUGCUCACCAUGUAGCUGCCACACCAGGAGGCCCUAUUCCUUCUUCUCCGCGGGAUGUCGUGGCCUCUUUGGUGUCAACGCGCUUCAUCAAGCUGACAUGGCGUGUGCCUGCUGAUGCUCAUGGAGAAAAUCUCACUUACCAAGUCUAUUACAGCAAAGAGGGAAUGAACAGGGAGCGUGUGGAGAACACCAGUCGCCCAGGAGAAUUGCAGGUCACCAUCCAGAACCUAUUGCCAGAAACUGUGUAUUACUUUCGUGUUGUGGCACAGAACAGCCACGGGGCUGGUGAAAGUUCACCACCUCUGAAGGUGGAGACUCAACCUGAGGUUCAAGUCCCUGGCCCAGCACCAAAUCUCAGGGCUACCUCCAUUUCUCCUACUUCUGUAAGUGUCAGCUGGGAAACCCCUCUCUCUGGUAAUGGGGAAAUCCAGAACUACAAACUUUAUUAUAUGGACAGAGGAGCUGGAAAUGAGCAGGACAUUGAUGUGGGCGGGCUUACAUAUACUGUGAACGGACUGAAGAAAUAUACAGAAUAUACAUUUCGAGUGGUGGCGUUUAAUAAACAUGGGUCUGGUGUAUCAACACAGGAUGUUAUUAUCAGGACCUUAUCGGAUGUGCCUAGUGCUGCGCCUCAGAACCUGACCCUAGAAGUGCGCAGCUCACAGAGCAUCCUGGUUCAGUGGCAACCCCCGCCUUUAGGUACUCAGAAUGGACAGAUUGUUGGGUAUAAACUACGUUACCGUAAGACUGCAAGGAAGACUGAAACAAAUGAGAUUAUUGUAGACACCCAGCUAUCACAGCUUGUUACUGCACUGGAGCGGGAUACAGAAUACAGUUUUCGGGUUGUUGCCAUGACUGUUAAUGGUAGUGGACCAGCUACUGAAUGGGUUGCUGCAGAGACCUUUGAAAAUGAUCUAGAUGAGUCCCGUGUCCCAGACAUGCCAAGUUCUCUACAUGUGCGUCCACUAGUUACAAGUAUUGUGGUGAGCUGGACACCCCCUGAAAAUCAGCACCAAGUGGUCGUCCGCGGAUAUGCAAUUGGCUAUGGUCUUGGGAGCCCUCAUGCACAGACGGUCCGUGUGGACCAUAAGCAGCGUUACUAUACCAUAGAAAACUUGGAACCCAGCUCACACUAUGUCAUCUCGCUGAAAGCCUUCAACAAUAUGGGGGAGGGUAUUCCUUUAUACGAGAGUGCCGUGACCCGUCAGCACACAGACACUUCUGAGGUUGAUGUUUAUGUUGUUCACGCCUCAUACACCCCAGUUCCAGAGCCUAGCCCUAUGUUGCCCCCUGUGGGGGUCCAAGCCGCCAUCCUAGGCAGUGACACUGUGCGCCUGACCUGGGCUGACAACUCCCUUCCGAAGAACCAGAAGAUCACAGAUGCCCGAUACUAUACAGCCAGAUGGAAGACCAACAUUCCUGCCAACACAAAGUACAAGAUGGCCAACAGCACCACACUGAGUUAUCUGGUUACUGGUCUGAAACCAAACACCCUAUACGAGUUUUCUGUUAUGGUUACUAAAGGUCGGCGGUCAAGUACAUGGAGCAUGACCGCUCAUGGCACUACCUUUGAGUCAGUGCCUUCCUCGCCCCCAAAGGAUGUGACUGUAGUAAGCAAAGAAGGAAAACCACGUACCAUAAUUGUAAACUGGCAACCUCCAUCUGAAGCCAAUGGCAAAAUUACAGGAUACAUUAUAUAUUACAGUACGGAUGUUCAGGCAGAGCUCCAUGAUUGGGUAAUAGAGCCAGUUGUUGGGAACCGUCUGACCCACCAAAUACAAGAGUUGACGCUGGAUACUCCAUACUACUUCAAGAUCCAGGCACGCAACUCUAAAGGGAUGGGGCCCAUGUCAGAGGCUGUUCUCUUUCGUACUCCAAAAGAGUCUACACCCUACAUGCCUAACAACCAAGCAUCAGGUGUAUCAGGAAAAGGCCGAUCAUCAGAUAUGGGAUCCAAUGGCGGCCCACCACUUGGAGGCAGUAACAGUCCUCAUGGAAGCCCCACCUCCCUGGAUCAGAACAUGCUGCUUACAAUCAUAGUGUCCCUUGGUGUGAUAACGGUCUUAGUGGCUGUGGUCAUUGCAGCCAUCUGCUCUCGCCGCUCCAGCUCCCACCAUAAAAAGAAAAGAGCUGCAUGUAAGUCUGUAAAUGGGUCCCAUAAGUACAAAGGCAACUCCAAAGAUGUGAAGCCUCCUGACCUCUGGAUACAUCAUGAGAGACUGGAGUUGAAACCUGUGGAUAAGUCCCCGGAGACUAACCCAAUGCUUACAGACCCCACGCUGCCACGCUCACCCCAGGACUUAACCCCUGGAGACAGCACCACAGAAGGCAGCAUUCACCAGCACAGUAACUCAUACCGAGGUCUGGAAUCGGAAGAUUCUGUGUCCUCACUUGCUGGACGUAGGGGGAUGAGACCAAAAAUAAUGAUGCCUUUUGACUCUCAACCUCCACAGCCGGUUGUCAGUGCUCAUCCCAUCCAUUCCAUCGAUAACUCUCAUUUUCGCUCUGUACCUGGGUUCAUGCUGCACGUGCUGGGUGGCACUCCUCAGGCUGCAGAGUCAGUCCGUCACACCAACAGCUGUGACACUGUAGUAGCUGCAUCAACCUCUUCUCAGACUGGUCCUGAGGAUCCAGAUCCCCCUGGAGGCACUUUUUUACCUGGUUCUAUGGAUGAAGAUUCUGGUCCCGGUAUACCUACUGCCCAUAUCAGACCAUCGCAUCCCCUAAAGAGCUUUGCAGUACCAGCUGUUCCAGCACCAACUCCUGGCACAACCUAUGAGCCGCUGCCCAGUUCACCCCUUUUGGCACAGCAAGCUGCUGCCGCAUUAUCAGUAAAAACUGCAUCUCUUGGUACCCUGGGUAGAGUACGUCCUCCGCUCCCGGUGACUGUGCCUAGUGCCCCUGAACCACUAGAGACCAGCAGGAUGCUUGAGGGCUCAGACUGUAGCUAUGAACCAGAUGAGCUAAGCAAGGAGAUGGCUCACCUUGAAGGCCUGAUGAAGGAUCUGAAUGCCAUAACCACAGCAUGAUAGAACACAUACCCAUACCAGAGGCGGACUUGACACUGUGUGCACAGGGGCAAUACAGCCCCCCAAGGGUCUUUGCACCACACCCAUAAUAUACAGACAAGAAGCAAGUUUGGAGCCCAGACUGUGUAUGCUGAGGCAACCAUCAAGGGCUGGGGCCUGGUUUUCUGUACCUUAUAAUUUCCUCUGAUUUAUAAUAUUUUUGGGGGGUUUAUAUUGAAACAGAAGAGGAAUUUUAUGUAAUCCAUGGAGGAAUAUUGUGUAUUGCCAUUGUUUUCAUUUUUUACCCUGAUGGAUCUUCACCCUGUUGCUGUGGCUCAGUGUUAUGCCUCACCUUGUGGCCAGCAGGACAACAAAAGGAUGGUUGCUUUCUGUGCAGUGUUUUCAGGCUGCGAAGCACAUCAGGUGGCAGCAACUCCCCCUCCAGCCUCUGUGAGACUUCAAACAGUGUUACUUCCCCACCACUCCCAAAGUUUGGCCAGAUGGUCCUUCAACGUCUCCGUCCAUUAAUAAUGCUCUCAAAAUAAAGAGGGAAAUUGUAGUCAGCUGCUGCAUCUAGUUGGGAGGCCCAGGAUCUGUACAGUACAUAAUAUAAUGCUACGUGAGCGGACGAGACAAAACGGUUCCCUUAUUAGCUGCCACGGAGAAGCCCUGUGUUGUACAUGAUAAUUGGUGGCUUCAUGGAGAGGCGAAAAUGGCAGCCGCCUUUUAACAAAGCUGAUCUUCAGCACUUUCACAUGUCAGACUUUCUUCCAUCUCGUGUGACUUCCUUGUACUUGUAAAUGGACUCCACCAUCCCCACCCACACUUCCUCCUGUAUAUUGUCCUAUUCUCCACCACACCCAGUCUUUUCUGUACAGAAAAUGCAUUGUUUUUUUUAUUGCUUUCUCUGUAGUGUUUAGAAUGUAUCUUUUUAUCGUGACUUUUUUUUUAUAAUAUCAUGAUUAUUAUUUGGUAUUGGAUUUCAAUACACUUUUUUAUUCAAUCAAA